GUGCAAACUCAGUGGCACCAUCGAUUGACCAUCGAUUCGACCCACAACUAAUGCAUCAGGCUCUGCUUGUUUCCGAAGUCCUCUCGGAGAUAUUUGCGCAUGUGGUUGAAAAUCUGGGCCCACGGUCUGCUAGCAAAAAAGCAUCCCUUAGAGCGCUUGCCAUUACAUGCAAAGCUUUCCAUGAGCCCGCAAUGGAUUUGCUUUGGGCUAAUUUGAAUGGCCCGGGGUUAACACCACUGCUAGGCUGUGUACCGAGGUUACAUCAAUUGAUAUAUUCUGACGGAUCAAAGGUCAGUCCGGACUAGUCGUGCUUCUUCCUGUUCAUUGGCUCACUGAGUACUGAAAUAGCCAAACUGGUCUGAAGGCGUCGAGCCAUUAUCUGAGCAUGAAGCCCACCAAUUUCUGCAUCACGCCGCCCGUGUGCGCUCAUUG